CAUGGAGUGAAGAUAUGAUGAGUGAGAGCAGCAAGAAGUUUUGUACUGAUUGCAAAACCACAAAAACCCCUCUUUGGAGAGGUGGCCCUGCUGGCCCCAAGUCACUGUGCAAUGCAUGUGGAAUCAGAUACAGGAAAAAAAGGAGAGCAAUGUUGGGUUUGAACAAAGGAAUAGAAAAGAAGAAGGAGAUAUCACAUUCACCAUCAUCAGAUAGCAACAGCUCUAUUGCUCCAACAAAUGAUGGUGGUGGUGAGAAUCUGAGUGCCAACUUAAAUGGAUUGAGCGAGAGUGUGAAGAUGAGUUUAUUUGCUUUGGGCAGUGAAGUUUUGUUCCAAACCUCAUCGUCUUUAUCUGGGGUGGUAAAGAAACAAAGGUGCCAAAGGAGAAGGAAGUUGGGAGAGGAAGAACAAGCUGCAAUUUCUUUGAUGGCAUUGUCGUGUGGCACAGUUUUUGCUUAAAAUAUGAAACAGACUAGACAAAACAAAACAAAAGAAAUGGGGGCUUCAAAAAGGAGAGGGGAAAACACUAACCGAAAAAGCUGUUUCUUCAUUUUGUCUUUUUUUUGCUUGGGAUUUUCCUUAUUAGUGAAAUUAAAAAAACCCAUGUUAUUGACUGCUGCUUGUUCUUUUUUUUUACGUAAGAGAGAGUUGAGGGAAGUAAUGUUUUUUGGGGAUGGCUGAUGAUGGUUCAAUCAUAAUGUAAAUAUUAGAUCGGGAAUCAAUGAGAAUGAGAAUGGGAAUGAGAAUUUUAUC